GAGCUACGUCACGUCUCGUAGGCUAGAUGAUGGGAUUCCAUCUCUGCUGUUCUUCAUCUCCAGCUGCGCAAGGCACAGGUGCCUUCGGCUGUACUCCGGGUCUAAGUACCAACGCUAAGAUGCCAACUUUAGUUCUGCAGACAAGCAGGCUGCCGUUGAUACUCAUAUGGACUAUGUACUUUAAUGGACUUGUGAUCGCUUUGGAUGCCUCUUUCUAUUGCAUUAAAGGACAACGAGUAGCUAAUCGGGCUAAAAAAAUAUGUGAACCAUGCAGUGAAGGUUAUUAUCAGCCUGCAGCCAGUGAUUCCGAAUUCUGUGUGGGUUGCACAAAUUGCGAUGAAAAACGAGGGAGUAAAGAAGAAAGGCCGUGUACCCUCACUGCGAACAGAGUCUGCCGCUGCCUUAAAGGGUUCAGUCCCAGUGAGGAUGACUCUGCCACUUGCAAAUGUGAAAAAGGUUCCGGGAAAUCGAUGGACGAGUGUCGAGAAUGUGGAGAAGGCUAUUUCUCCACCAGAAUUGAUUCAGAUUGCAGGCCAUGGACGAAAUGUACAGACAACAAAGUGCGGAUCAAUGGCAGCAAGACAUCAGAUGUUGUCUGCCAUGACCAUUUGCCUCCUAUCACAAUGACCCCUGGGUUGAAGACUGAGACCACCUCCUUCAGGACACUCCAUACGUCCCCGCCUCCAGAAAUCAGCACACCCAGAGCAUUACCUCAUCAGAAGGCACCCGCCAAUAACACACCGGCUGCAGUCCACAACAGAAAAAACCAUGGUGUGAAUUUAACCUGUUCUGUCCUGUUGGGUAUUCUAGAAGCCCCGUGUGCACUUUUCAGGGAUGAUGUCAUUGAGGCUGUGUUUUUCUUCCUUCUCACAGUCAUUGGGGGGCUCGUUGUUGGAGUCGUUGUUGGACUGCUUAUACUGACUGCUGGGGCAAUUAGAUUCAGAGCGAAAGAGGACCCAGUGUGUAAAAGCCCCAUCAAAGAAACCCAGCAAGAAAAAUUUCAUUUAAUGGACACAGUAUAGACUUCUAUACGUAGCUCAGAUGGCUGGGCUGAACUUCGGUUAUAGUGGAACCUUUUCAAACGUCUAGGCUUAGCCUAGAGCCACCUCUUCAACGACUAAGAACAAACGUCUAUUAACCGUCCAUAUGUCAUCCAGGCUAAAUUAUAGCUAAUUUGGGCUAUCAGUGAUAGUUAAACAAACUUCUAGGCUUUGCCUAGCCUUCAGUAAGACAUUUCUAUGAUUCAUAUGGACAUCUGAAAGCCAUCUAUACAAUGUCAAGGCCAUAUCACGGUUCAUGUUUACCUGAGAUUUACACAUAUUUGUAUUAAUUAAUAUAGAUCUAUUUUCUGCCUAAAUCUACAACAACUUUUACAAAAAAUGUAAUAUUCAAAUAAAUUGUAACCUCAUUGG